UCACCGUACAAAACUUUAUUCAACGGCCCUAGUUUUUGAUCCAAACCGACUGAAACAAGCUCCCGUCCUCUCUCUCUGUCCCCCCUACUCCAUACCCAACCGAAUCUCGAAUCCCUCGAUGUUGACAACACUCCAAUCCUCGAUCUCUCUCUGAAUCCAACUCACUUAGCACCCCCAAAUCGAUCUUCGCGUGUUUCAGCGGACAUGGAAAUGCCUUCGAUCUCUUCGAGUCCCCGUACUGUCGAAGAGAUCUUCAAAGACUACAGCGGUCGUCGCGCCGGCGUCAUUCGGGCUCUCACAUUCGAUGUCGACGAGUUCUACUCACUUUGCGAUCCAGAGAAGGAGAAUUUGUGUUUGUACGGACAUCCGAAUGAGACCUGGGAAGUGACGCUACCGGCGGAGGAAGUUCCGCCGGAGCUUCCGGAGCCAGCAUUGGGGAUCAAUUUUGCGAGGGAUGGAAUGAAUCGGAAAGACUGGCUGUCGCUGGUGGCUGUGCACACUGAUUCCUGGUUGCUUUCUGUUGCUUUCUAUUUUGGAGCUCGCCUUAAUCGCAAUGAGAGGAAACGUUUAUUUAGCUUGAUAAAUGAUCUUCCUACCACAUUUGAAGUCGUAAAAGAGAUGAAGCCUGUAAAGGACAAGCCAAGUAUGGAUAGCGGAAGCAAAUCCAAAAUCAGCACUAAGAGAUCAAGUGAUGGACAGUCAAAAAACAAUCUGAAGCUAUAUGAUGAGAGUUAUGAGGAGGAUGAAGAUGAACACGGUGAAACCCUUUGUGGGAGCUGUGGGGGAAAUUACAGCGGUGAUGAGUUCUGGAUAGGCUGCGACAUUUGUGAGAGGUGGUUCCACGGCAAGUGCGUAAAAAUAACACCAGCCAAGGCAGAAAAUAUCAAGCAGUACAAAUGCCCGUCUUGCAGCACAAAGAAGAGCAGGCAGUAGUGGCUGAAUCAAGCUUUUGGAUGGGUUAACCUGAUUGUUUAGUUGACUAUUAGGGGCUCUAAACCAGUUCCGUUGUCUAGUAAAGCUUCUUGUCCUUCUCUCUCAAGUUUCGACCCUUCUUGUCCUCUUAUUUUUUGAGGGUCCGUUAGUUGCUACAAUUGUUUAUUGGCGAUCAUAUCUCUUCGAAGUUCAAGGUUCGGGCUUGCUGCCCUUGCGAAGCAUACCUGUUUGAUGUUUCUGUAUAAGAUUAUAAAUGUUUGAUGUACGUUGGUUUCAAUUUUAAGAGAAUGUUGGUUUGUAAUUUGUUUGUUUAGGGCCUUUGUAUCGUGUAUCUAUCUGUUGCCAUUUCCAUCAUGAAGGGCUAUAAUUUGAUUUACUUGGUUUAAAGGUUUAUAAUUUAUAUUUUUAUCUAUUCAAA